AUGGCAGAGGCGGAGCCUUCACUGGUGCGUUUCGGAAUCGUUGGCUGCGCCAACAUAGCACGCAAGGUGUCUCGCGCGAUUCUCCUCUCUCCCAACUCCACCAUAGUCGCCGUCGGCAGCCGCUCACAAGAGAAAGCCACCGCGUUCGCGAGGGACAACGGGUUCCCGCCCUCGGCCCGGGCCUACGGCUCGUACGACGCCGUCUUGGACGACCCGGAGGUGGAUGCCGUGUACAUCCCGCUCCCGACGAGCCUGCACCUCCGCUGGGCGGUCUUGGCGGCUCAGAAGAAGAAGCACGUGCUGCUGGAGAAGCCAGUGGCGCUGAACGUGGGAGAGCUGGACAAGAUCCUGGCGGCGUGCGAAUCGAGUGGGGUGCAGUACAUGGAUGCUACCAUGUGGAUGCACCACCCUAGGACAGCCGAGAUGAAGGCGUUUAUCAACGAUUCCCAGCGUUUUGGACGGCUGAAAGCGGUACACAGCAUAUUCUCAUAUAACAGUGGCCCCGAUUUUCUAAACAACGACAUUCGUGUGAAGCCGGACCUCGAUGCACUCGGUGCUUUAGGGGACACUGGCUGGUACUGCAUCCGGGCCAUAUUGUGGGCUGCGGGCUAUCAACUUCCGAAAACUGUGACAGCUUUACGGGAUGCUGAGUUCAAUGAAGCCGGCGUAAUCCUGUCCUGUGGGGCUUCCUUGCUCUUCCAUGAUGGCCCGACCGAGCACAUUGUCGCUACAGAUCUUCCCCAAGAGGCUAUGAUGGUGAAGGAAUUUUCGAGUCUGGUGGAGAAAAUAAAGGUACAUGGCUGUGAGACUGAUAAGAUUUGGCCGACUAUUAGUCGGAAAACUCAGGCAGUGGUGGAUGCUGUGAAGUCAUCGAUUGAGAAGGGGUUCGAGCCUGUUGAGGUUACAUAUUAG